AUGAUUUGGUUAUCAGAAAGACAAAAAUUUGGUGUGAGUUUUACUGCUGGGGGGAUUUUCUUUUUCAUAUUUGGAAUAAUGACAUUUUUUGAUUCAUCAUUAUUAGCACUUGGUAAUUUAUUAUUUAUAAUUGGUAUAACAUUAAUUAUUGGACCACAACGUACAAUUACAUUUUUCAGUCGUCCAACAAAAUUACGAGGAACAAUUUGUUUUAUAUUAGGGAUAUUAUUAAUAUUAAUAAAACGAGCAUUUAUUGGAUUUAUUUUAGAAAGUUUUGGUAUAUUAGGAUUAUUUGGGGAUUUCUUUGGUACAAUUAUUCAAUUUUUAAGAUCAAUUCCUUAUAUUGGUGAUGUUUUAAGUCAUCCAUUGAUUGCCCCUACAAUUGAUAGACUAGCAGGAAUAAGUAAUACUUUACCAGUUUAA